AUGGAGGCGGCGCUUGUUCAGAAGGGGGCAGCCAUGGAAAUCCUUGAGGUGGGUGGCGGCGCUUGUUCUCUUCAAUCCUCCUUCCCGAUAUCAGCUGGUCCCCUCAACAACAACCACCACCACCAAGAAGAGGCUGGUGGUGUUGGUGUUGUCGGAGGAGGAGAUCAGGUGAUGAUGAUGAGUGGCGGCGGUGGUGGUAAUGUAGGGAGGGAGGGCGUGAGGGAGGAGGAAAAGGCGAGGGGCUUCAAUGGUAAAUUGGGGCGAGGUGGUGGUGGCGGUGAUGGGGUCGAGGAGGGAGAAAACGGGGGCGUUGUGGUGGCGGAAGAAGGGAGAGGAAGAAGGGGUGGUGGCGGAAGAAGUGAGAGGAAGAAGAUGGGUUAA